AUGAACGUUAUCCAAGAAAUUCCAGUGAUCGACUUUUCUCUGUUUGAGACAGACCCCCAAAAGUGUUCUCAGCUCGUGUUUGACGCUGCCAGAAAUGUUGGGUUUUUCUAUCUGCGCAACUUUGGUAUUCCAGUUGAGAAAGUCAAAGAGAUUUUUGGCAUGAGCAAAAGUUUCUUUGAGCUGUCAAAGGAAGAAAAGACAAAAUACGCUAUUGAUGUAAAGGGAAACCUAGGAUAUUCGGCUAUGCGACAAGAAGUUGCCGAUCCCGGAAAGCAUAGCAAAGGCGACUGCAAAGAAUCAUUUCAUAUUGCCAAACUUAACAAAACAAACGCCCCACAGCCAUUGCCUGACAUGUUUACAAGCAACAAGAAUGAUGUGGGCCAAUUCAUAGCCGCGUGCCAUACCCUGGUUGGUAAGAUCCUGAUCUGCCUUGGCACUGGUCUAGAAAUUCCUGAAUCCAAGGGUGGUAAGAUGUGGUUCCAUGACCGACACCCAUACGAAGGACCUUCCAAUGAUGUGUUACGUCUGUUGCAUUACCCUGCUCUCGAUCAUGCCAAUGAUACAGACGAUAUUCGAAUUGGAAGACAUUCAGACUAUGGUUCUUUGACCCUACUCUUCCAAAACGAAGUUGGUGGCCUUGAGGUCGAAAAGGGUCCUGGAGGUGAAUGGCUUUCUGCACCAGUUAUGCCAGAUUGUGUUACUGUAAACUUGGGCGACUGUCUGGAAUAUUGGACCAAAGGUCUCCUUAGAUCGACCAAGCAUCGUGUUGUCUUUAAACCCGAGACUCAGACAAAGCCACGCUACAGUAUGGCCUAUUUCUGUCAAGGUGGACCUGCUCUUUUGGAGCCCGUCCCGAGUAGAUGGAUCCCCGCCGAUGCAGAUGUAAAAACCGAAUUACCCAAGGACAACAAGGAGAUCCUGACCGCCUCAGACCAUUUGUACCAUAAGUUGACCACAACAUAUAUUUAUUAG